AUGCCCCUGGGAAAGGAGGUCUCAGACUGGCCAGACCAGGGCAUCCCAGAGGCCAGCCCUGCCCUACGUCUUUCGCCAACAGGAAAGACAGCGGCCCUGGUGGCCAGGUGCUCCACUGUCCUGGUGCCUGAGAGCAGAGACCCAGCCUCAGGGGACCCUCGUCUGCCAGAUGCCACAGCCCCACGAAGACCCGCCAGACAGAGGGAGCGCUCCUCAGCGCUCCGAGAGCAGGAGCAGGAGGAAGGAGGCCGCGAGCGGGCCCGGGAUGACCGAGCCUUCAUGUCCAGUCUCCAGUCUGUGGAAGUAGCCGGCACCGAGGAGCGUGGGACUGCACUGCAGGGCACUGAGCUCAGUCCAGGCUGGAGAGGGCCCGCGAGACAGCCACUGAGGGUCACGGAGAGCCAAGGAGGGGAGCCGGAGGUUUUGCAGGGGGAGCCUCGGGAUAGGUCAGCUUUGUGUGUCCAAGGGAGCUGUGCAGCUGAGGCGUGCUCUGUUUUUCUAAUCACCCCUGCUGGGGGGGCUGCGCACUGGGCGGACUGCCCUGGAAGGCAAAGUGCUGGCCUCCUUCCUGUAAGGUCAGGCACGGCGGCCACCAAGAGGCGGCAGAUUUUUAAAAGGCCGCUGAAGGAGGCUUUAUCGAGACUCACUCCCGGCAGAACUCCACCAGACCAACAAAGUGGACAGGACUGGGCGUUCAUCCACACUGACAUCUUUGCCAAGACCCAGAUAGACCCCAGUGCUUUGGUGCAGAGUCUGGAGCUGGACCAGAGGAGCCUCGCCUCCCUCAGGAAAGGUGCUGAGGCAAAGGCCAUUUUGCCCAAGAAGGAGAAGCUGAGGCUGCGUAGGGAGCGAUGGCUGCAGAAAAUCGAAGCCAUAAAGCUGGCAGAGCAGAAGCUCAAGGAGGAGCGGAGACGCAGGGCCACGGCUGUGGUGGGGGACCUGCACCCCCUGAGGGAUGCCCUGCCCGAGCUUCAGGAGCUGGAGGCAGGCAGGCGGCAGCAAACCAGAGGCAGGGUGAGUAGCAAACCCAGGCCAGCCGAGCUCAGCCGGAUGAGUGCAGCCCAGAGACGGCAGCUGCUUGAGGAAGAAAGGACCCGGUUUCAAGAGCUGCUGACCAGCCCAGCCUACAGAGCCAGCCCCCUGCUGGCCAUAGGGCAGCAGCUGGCUCACCAGAUGCAGCUGGAAGGUGGCAGCCAGCUCUGACAAGGGCAGUGGUGUGCUGUGAGCUCUGAGGGACGCACAUAUGGACAGAGGUGCCCAGAGAGAGCUCUCUGCCUCUGACUGUCCCCUGAGCCUAGAUGGACAUCCUCUCCCAGGUCUUUGAAAGCAGUCUUUAAAACAAACGGAGGACUUCAUGGAUUCCUUCCUAUGCGUCACCAGGCCCUUCCCAUGGGUCCACUUCCACUUUGGAAUCUCCUGCAUUUCCUACAGCUGGGCUGACCCUAGGACAGCUGCCCCACCUCCCCUCAGGACAAGCCACACCUCUAGGCUGGGCUCCACGCUCCUAUGGUAGACAUCAGUGGGUUUUCCAGGCCUGCUGGACGUCACCAAGAGGCACCACCUGUGCCCUGCUGCAGCCACAGCACAUCUGGAGAAGGAAUCUCACUGCAGGUGACCCUGAUCACAGGGAAGGCCCAAGGACAGCGCCUGCUUGGUGAGCUCCUCCACAGACACAGCCCACAGGUCCCCGGUGCUGUGCAACCCCGUGGGCUCUCCCUCAGCAGCCGCCCUUCCUCCUACGUGGGCCUCAUUGUCUGUGGGCUGCAAGCUGUGCUCUGUGAACUUGGGCACAGAUGGCCUUGCACAGAGGCUGCCCGUGACAAGAACAGAUGGGCACUGUGGACAGGCCUGUGAGGGUGCACACAGCUCAGCGGAGCUCGGUGGCUGGGUUGCCAGGUUGCUGGUGGCCAUGUCUUUCUCGUGAUAGUUGGUUCAGCCCGAGGUGUCUUCCUGGGGAAGGUGUGUUCAUGAUGUGCUAUUUUAAGAGAAAGCUCCUGGCUUCCUGGUCUUCAAUGCUUUUGUCUAA